AUGGGUUCAAUGGAAAUACUGAGGUCAUUUUAUUUCAUAGCUACUGAGUUUGUCUCAGAAUAUUUAACUCAAGAUAAGCAAGAUUUUUUAUGCACGUUGGUAGAGGAAGGAAUAGGGAUAGGAGUUGCAAACACGAUUUUUUCAGAUCUUAUUGCUAUUGCAAAUGAUGUAACUUCUUCUAACGAGAACUCAUCAUCAAGCAUUGUCACGUUAACAGUCAUUGUGACCUUUUGUCGAGGAUUAUCCGUUGAUGAAAUCUUGGAGCAGCAAGUGAUACAAAACUCUUUUGACUCAUGGAGUAUGACACCUAAACCUGCUACUCAAGAUUCGGUUGAUGCGCUUCAGAGGGUAAUCUACAUAGCCGAUGAACCCAAUGUGGAAGAAGAUGAUACGAUGUGUGUUAUUUGUUUACAAGAGUUUGCUCAUGAAGGAAAUCUUCUACAGAUGCCAUGUGGCCACGCAUUUGAUUAUGAAUGUAUCGUUCAGUGGCUACAAUUACGUAACUGGUGUCCCUGUUGUCGUUAUGAGUUGCCCUUUUAA